AUAGGAGUGAAAAAAGAAUUAUUACAAUUGUGCGCGCACACACACACAAAUAAACUACGAGGAAUAAAGGAGAGAAAAAUCAAUCAUGGGUUCACUGUUGCCAGGCUUUGUUUUACUAUUAUUACUCUCCCUCUCUCAAGCUCAUGAUGUGAUAGAUGAUGUUUGUUCCAAGUCAGAGAAUCCAUCUUUGUGCACCAGUAUUUUGAGAUCCGACCCGCAGUGUUCUGGAGCACAAAUUCAUAAAUUGUAUGAAAUCUUUGUGAAGAAAGCAGUACUCUCCACCCAAGCAGCUUUAGAGGUGGCUAAAUCAUAUAGCAGUGGCGCAGAUAAAGCAAAAUGUGAUGUGUGCGCCAAGUCUUAUACCAAUGCCAUCAACAGCCUUAACAGUUGUCAGCAUUUGAUAAACACGAAUGAUAGGGCCAGCAUCACUACUCUGCGUACUAGAUUGACGACAGUUAAGACUGAUGUUGCGACAUGCGACAAUCAAUUUGGGGAGAGCCAGCCGUUUAUGUUGAAAGCAGCCAGCCGCUCGUGCCAAGAAGUAAUCUCUGUGCUUUUAGCCAUUUCGAACCGUAUGUGAGUGAAAGAGGAAGAAGUGUAUAACAAGAAGCAAUAAGAACACGACUGCAUGAAAAUAUCCAAUGAUAAAUUGGAUCUAGAAAGAAAUAAGAGAACCAACUAAGACAUUUUCUUAUAUGUUUAGAGUAUUAAGUAAUAUAUGACCAAAAGUGAAAAAUCGUAACGGGUAGUAUUAACAAUAGUUUCACAAUGGCUAUCGGUUGUCGUUUCAAUCAGUCAUAUCUACAUAUUAUGACAAAUACGUGACCGUAGCCAAGAACUAUGUUAAAUACUUAGACCAUAGUUAAAAGGCAAAUAUUAAUAAAUUAUAGUUCAUAUUUAAAUUUUCUAGUGGUUUGAUUGGUCGUGGUUGGUAUUCCUGAUUUUACCAUGAUAUUUAAGUUAUAUUAAUUUCUA